AGGAGAAACCGGUGAAGGCUUGUCGGGGAGAGCCGGAGGGGAAGGAGGAUGGCGGGGGAUCCCGGACAGCUGACUGAGUAGAAACAGGAGAAAACAACGUUAGAAACACGGCGGAAACUCAAAACAGAUCUUGUAGAGGCUAGAGAGCAAACUGAACUGAGUAGUUCUUGUUCAAUACUCUGGCAGGGAGUGGAAGGCUGAGCCGGUACUUAUUGUAGAGGUGAGUCAUUAGUGUGAUGGUUGUCAGCUGCCCGGGAGCCGUGGAGGUGGUUGAUUGCCUGAGUGGAGUCAGCUGAGAAGCUGGACUCCACUCAGGCACCGAGCUGCAGGGGGAGAGACAGGGCAGAGGAGCAGAUGGGAGACAGGCAGGACAGGCAGGGCAGAGGAACAGGAGAGGGGGAGAGAAGCAUGAAAGGGAGGAAACAGAUGGGGAAAAGGGUAUUUGGGGAUGUCAGGUGGGAAGGAUGGGGGUGAGGAGGGAGCCCUGACAUGGGCAAGUAGAAAUGACUGAAUAAAUUGAAUAGAGUAGUCUUCUAUGUCACUGUUUCUAAAACAGGGCGUUUUUCUGGACUAGUUAAAAAAAAGGUGAAAAUUAAGAGUAUACCCACUUCUCCAGGAACCACUACACCACUGAAAUGAGGUAUUAAACGGCUGAAUUAAUGAAGACCAGAGUACUAAUAAGCUUCAACAUUUAAGUUUUAAUGUAAUUUAUAUACUGCAGCACCUCUCCUCUGUCAGACAGACAGACAGACAGACAGACAGAUAGAUAGAUAGAUACUUUAUUAAUCUCCAAAGAGAAAUUCACAGUCAGUGCAGCGCUCAUAAAAUACACACUUGCUGAGGAGGUCGGCAAGUUUCUCUUACUGUUUAGUGUGUUGAUUUUCUUCAUCAGCAUGAUGUUUUAUAAAAUCAACCCAAAACCCAAAUUCACUGCUGCAUGUGGAGGAGACUUGUUGUUAAUGACGGAUUUUAUAAAAAGAAAACACCUAACGUGAUGUAAAUGACAUGGACACCAACCAGGUGCACUUUAUACAACUUUACACAACUUUAUAAGGACUCCUUAUUAAGGAGGCCUUUAUAUUAAACACGAAAGUGUGUUUCUGUCAGAAACUGUCAGAUCUUCUCAGAGCAAAGUGAACUGGUGAAGGAGGGGAGGAGGGCAGAUCAUCACUAAUCAAUCUUUGUCCUGUCGGACUGCUAAAAUAAUAAAAAAUACAAAUGCUCAAACGAUGUUCAAACGAAUACAUGUCUUUAGAUUUAUUAAUUUUAACAAUCAUAAUUAUGGCUAACAUUACAUGAAGACCUAAAAUUCAGGAUCCCAAAAAACUAAAACGUAACUGGUUAUAAACUAACUCUCUUCAUUGUUAUUUUUCUCUUUCUGUCUAGUAGUAAUUUUUAUAUGACAGAAAAAGUACUAAUAUAUUAUUUAUGUCUUCCAGGUUUGAAAAUGUAUGCAUAUGUGCGAUACAUUGCUGACAAUGUCCGCGAGGCUGUGUGCACAAAAGAAAUCGAAAAUUUCCAUCUCCGAAAUCUGGAUGACUUCCAUGCCAAGAAGCGGUAUAAAAUCCUCUGGAGAAGGACCCCAGGGGAAAGCAGCUCUUAUUAUUAUGGGCAAAUUUUAAAAUUGGCAGGGAUCCUGAAACAGUCUCUCCCCCAGUCUGGAAAAACAGGUCUGGAAGGACCUGACGCGAUCACCCCAGAGCUGGACGAAGAAGGAAAAAUCAAACUUGGCCCAGGAGUUUCCCUGAACAAGGAGAAAUGGCAGAGGGUGCAGGAGGCAAAAUCAAACUCCCAAUUCUGCAAGUCGUUGGCAGUUUGCAUUUGGGGCACAGAGGGACUGAGGGAGAGAAGCGUCACAGGGGCCAAAUCAAACGCGGUCAAAGACUCUGUCCCCAAGCGUCCCCUGACCCCAGAAAAAGUGGCUGUCAUAAGAGACUGCCUGAGGGACCGGCUUCAGAAGAUGGGCUAUCCAAAGGAGGCCAUUGAAAAGCGGCUGGCCCUAGUUAGACGAGCCAUAUCAGAAAAGAUUAGUGAUAUUAGGAUGAGGAGCCCUCAGACAGAGGGACGCUGCACCUAGUCUUUGACAAUGAAGUUCAACUUGUUCAGAAAGCCACAGGCCAUGACGGCGGCCGAGCCAACCACUGCCUCCACCAUGACCAUGGCCCCCACACCGGCAGUCAUGUCCGCCUCUGCGCCGGAAGUCUCUGGCUCCAACAACACAGAGAUCAACAAGAAUGAUAUGUUUGAGGAGAUCAAAAGCAAAUUCUUAAAUGAAAUUGAUAAAAUCCCAUUCACAGUGCCGCCAUGGGCUUUGAUUGCCAUUGCUGUGGUGGCAGCAUUGCUCAUCCUUACCUGCUGCUUCUGCAUAAUCAAAAAAUGUUGCUGCAAGAAGAAGAAGAACAAGAAAGGAAAGAAGGGCAAGGAUGGCUUCAACAUGAAGAAUUUGCAGGGUGGCGAGCUGCAGACCUCAUGUCCAUGGACUCAGGUGGAACGUCAGAUCCUUAUGUCAAAGUCCUGUUUCUCCCUGAUAAGAAGAAGAAGUUUGACACCAAAGUGCACAAGAAGACACUGAACUCUGUCUUCAAUGAGACAUUUGUCUUCAAGGCGGGGCUUCCUCUCCAGGGUGGAUAUUCGUUCCUGAUCACAGGCAUAUGAAGAAUAGAUACGACACGCCCCUCUGUGGGGCGUCCCGACGGAGACGCUAAGCUAACGGGGGCAAAGUUUCAGUGUUUUCCAUUGAUGUGUACGGCACGAAAAUUAAAAGAAGAAGAAUGCCGGCUCAUUUGUGCGGCAUACAGUUGCACACUACAUCGGACGAUCAAGACAAGGAAACUUGGAAUAACUUUCCACAGACUCUCACAGAUCUGAAGUCUGUCAUCACAGCGCUCCCUGCUCCCGGUGAUGUACAUACUCGUGUCCAUGUGGCACAUCGUUUGCAUCCAGGCAGACGAGGGAGACCAGCUCUCGACAUUACAAGGGAUCAAAUUGAACUGCUCCUCACUCAAGGCUUUACAGUGAGAGCCAUGGCAGGGUUGUUGGGCUGUUCCUCCUCAUAUCUGCAUAAAAAAAUGAAGUCUUUUCAGAUUUCAGCAAGAAACAGAUUUACUCCCAUUAAUGAUGUUGACCUAGAGGAUCAUGUCAGGAGAUUACACAACCAAUUUCCAAGAUCUGGCUCAGAAAUGAUGAGGGCAUACCUACGUGCUGAAGGGAUUGUAGUACAAAGAAGAAGAGUUCGAGAAAUCCUCAACCAGAUUGACCCAGCUGCUGCAGCCCAGAGAUGGAGCCAGACUGUGGCUAGAAGAACAUACUAUGUGCCAUUUCCUAAUAGCUUGUGGCACAUCGACAGACACAUGCGUCUGAUUCGGUGGGGUUUUGUGACACAUGCUGCUAUUGAUGGGAACUCCAGGCUAAUAACAUACCUCAAAUGCAGCACAAACAACACAGCUUUGACAGUGUUGAGACAUUUUGUCCAAGCUACUUGUGUGUAUGGGUUGCCCUCCAGAGUCAGAUCAGACCACGGUGGGGAAAACACUCUGGUUGCUCUUUUAAUGAACCUUCUGCAGGGACAAGGACAUGCAAGGCACAUUACAGGCCAGUCUGUGCACAACCAGCGUAUCGAACGCCUUUGGAGAGAUGUUUUCCAACAGGUUGUGCACUAUUUUUAUAUGCUUUUUUAUUCAUUUGAAGAUGAACAAAUAUUGAACCCCGAAGACAGCAUUAACAAAAUGGCACUACAAAUAGUUUACAAGCCAGAAAUUCAAAAAAGACUGGAUUUAUUCAGAUGCGGUUGGAACAACCAUAGAAUCAGAACGGCAAACAACCGUACUCCAACACAAAUUUGGAUGGAGGGCAUGUUAGCUAACAGUGAGCAGGAGUCAGCAGCUCUCAACAAUGUCUUUGGAGAUGACCCUUACAGUCAAGAAAAUCUGGAAGCUGCCUUGGCAAGACAAGGGAUACAUCUCAACCAGUUACAAGCAAACAGUGAAGACCUUGAACGAGCAGUGAUUGUGUCACAACCACUCAACAACCUGAGCCCUGACCAACAGCAGGAUGUUCAAAAUGCAAUGGAUGGAACAACAGACUUGAAGGAAAAGUAUCUGGUGUGUGCUAGAGAGAUAAGAAACAUUCUUGACAGAACAUAA